AUGAAGAGCACUGGCGUGGCGCAGUCUGUCAAGUGCACCUGGCGCGCGCUCGCUCGCUCGCUACAGUGCACUCGACGAGUGAUUUCAGCAGCGGCAGUCGCUGGUGGCGGAGGGACGCUGCGGUCCGUUCGGGUGGCGCCGGGCGUGCUGGGGUUCGACUUGCGCUGGUUCAACCCGAGUUUUCCUCCCCCCUCUCUCACAUGUCGUUUAUGCAGGUGCAUCUAG